GGGGAAUGAUCGCGAGAGUUGGCUGCACGUUCGAAAGGCCGGUCUGUCACUUGUAUUUUUGUAAAUUUUAUAUUCCAGGAUUUAAUUGAAAACUUAUUAAGAUACAGAACAAGGUUUUCUUUUGUUUUUUUGCCGCAAAUAAAUAAAUCAUAACCCUAACCCUCUAAAAACGUAUUUUUUUUUACCAACAGCAAUGACGGUAGUUAGCAUAUGGAAGCUAGCUAAACGCUAACGAAUGAAUCCAUUGAGUAGUAAAUGUAAUCGCUUAAUAAAAGAACAACGAUGAAGUGCCAUUACGAAGUCCUGGGAGUGAAACGGGAAGCAAACGACGAAGAUUUGAAGAAAGCAUAUCGUAAAUUAGCCCUGAAAUGGCAUCCUGAUAAGAAUUUGGAUAAAGCCGAGGAAGCAGCUGAGCACUUCAAGCUGAUUCAGGCAGCCUAUGAUGUCCUAAGUGACCCACAGGAGAGAGCAUGGUAUGACAAUCACAGGGAGGCUCUAUUGAAGGGCGGCCUGAGCGGCGACUACGAAGAUGACAGCAUCGACCUAUUGCAGUUCUUCACCGUCACGUGUUAUUCAGGCUUUAGUGAUGACGACAAGGGUUUCUUUGCAGUCUACAGGAAUCUUUUUGAGUCUAUUGUGAAGGAAGAGAUGGAGCACGGAAAAGCAGAAGCCGACAAUGAGGACGAGGACUUUCCUCCUUUUGGGGAUUCUCAAAGUGACUACGAUACUGUGGUCCACGUCUUCUAUGGGUACUGGCAGAGUUUUUGCACAAGGAAGAAUUUUGCCUGGAAGGAAGAGUACGACACGCGCCAGGCGUCCAACCGUUGGGAAAAGCGUGCCAUGGAGAAGGAGAACAAGAAGACCCGGGACAAGGCUCGCAAGGAGCGCAACGAGCUGGUACGCCAGCUCGUGGCCUUCAUCCGCAAGCGUGACCGCCGUGUGCAGGCGCAUCGCAAGGAAGUGGAAGAGCGCAACGCAGAAAAGAGCAGGAGGGCACAGGAGCUCAGGCGCAAGCAGAAGCUCAGUCAGGCCAAGCUGGCAGAGGAGUACAAGGAGCAAAGUUGGGCGGCCAUGUCGGAGCUAGAGAAGGAGUUGCAGCAAAUGGAGGCUCAGUAUGGCGAGGAGUUUGGAGACGCUUCCGAGAGUGAGGAUGAAGCGCUAGAAACACUACAGAAGACUGUUGAGGAGCGAUUAGGUACACAUGAAGACCAGGUAGAUGCAGAUGACAUCAACUUUGAUUAUUAUGAUGAUCUCUACUGCCCAGCCUGCGACAAGUCCUUCAAAUCAGACAAAGCGAUGAAGAAUCACGAGAAGUCCAGAAAGCACAAAGAAAUGGUCACGUUGCUACGGGAACAGCUUCAAGGUGAUGAUUCACUCGCUCUGACCCUGGACCAGCAAGAGGUUGCCGCGCAGGAAAACAAAUAUAUAGAGGCCCAAGAGGAGGAGGAAGAGGAAGAGGAUGAGGAAGAUCGACCGAGACAAAAAUUGUCCAAAAAGCAGAAGAAAAAGAAGAGGCAGCAGAAAGCUGGCAGUAGCAGUCCAGUGGAGGAACAUGAUGAAGUAGAGAAGGUGACUUCAACCACAGAUGGCAAGCAUGUCCCUGAAGAGGAUCCUGAAGACGUUCCGGACGACUUGUCGGGACCUACUGAAGCCAAGAUUGAGGACCUUCUUCCUUCUGAUGAAUCCAAGAACGCUGUGAAGACCAAAGCCAAAAAGCCAGGUGGAAAAGAUAAACCAAAGAACAUCAAGGCACAUUCGGGAGCAGAGCAGAUUUCUGAGAAAGUGGUAAAGCUGCGCUGUGUGACGUGCAAUGAUGAGUUCUCCACUAGGAACAAACUCUUUGAUCACCUCAAAUCCAGUGGCCACGCUUCGGCGCUCUCUUCCAAUCCCGCACAGGCAGGCUCGGCCAGCCGAAGCAAGAAAGACAAAAGAAAGAAUAGAUGACAACAGUUUUGGUGGACUCCAAUACAAGUGGACUGGCCCAGUCAGGCAAGGAACUGUUCCCAGAAAUGGUCAGGAAUGAGCUGAAUUAAUAACGAUGUGUUCAAAGUAGCUGUUUUUAUGGGCAUCAUCACAUGCAGCAUGGCUUGGAUUGCAGUUCACUUCCUUUUGUCAACUCAACUUGUCCCAAAAAAUAAAUACAAAUUACUUCACCGUU